CUGGCCGGGCCUCAUCCCUUUUGUGCCAUCCGGGUCUCUCGCGCAAGAGAUUUAGUCUGUGGCGAAGCUUCGAGGUGGCCGGUACUGUUGAGUGAGGGCAAGCAGAGGCGCCGCCUUAGCGGCCGGGACUCAAAAACAAUGGCGGCUAUUGAUACAGAACGAGAUGGAUUAGUCCCAGAAAAGACAUCACCAGAUAGAGAAAAGAAAAAAGAGCAAUCAGAUAUAUCUGUUUCUCCUAGAGCCUCAAAACAUCAUUAUUCAAGGUCAAGAUCAAGGUCAAGAGAAAGAAAACGAAAAUCAGAUAAUGAUGGACGAAAGCACAGGAGCCGGAGCAGAAGCAAAGAGGCAAGAAGACAUGAAUCCAAAGAUAAGUCCUCUAAGAGACACAAGUCUGAGGAGCACAAUGACAAAGAAUAUUCUUCUGACAAAGGAAGAGAGCGAUUAAAUUCAUCUGAGAAUGGUGAGGACAGACAUAAACGCAAAGAAAGGAAGUCAUCACGGGGCAGAAGUCACUCAAGGUCUAGAUCUCGUGAAAGGCGCCAUCGCAGUAGAAGCAGGGAAAGGAAGAAGUCUCGGUCAAGGAGUAGGGAUCGGAAAAAAUCUCGAUCCAGAAGCAGAGACAGGAAAAAGUCAAGAUCUAGAAGCAGGGAUAGAAAACGAAGGAUCAGAACACGUUCCCGAUCAAGAUCCAGACACAGGCAUAGGACUAGAAGCAGGAGCAGGUCAAGGAGUCGAAGUCGAGAUAGAAAGAAGAGAAUUGAAAAACCAAGAAGAUUUAGCAGAAGCCUAAGCCGGACACCUAGUCCACCUCCCUUCAGAGGCAGAAACACAGCAAUGGAUGCCCAAGAAGCAUUAGCUAGGAGAUUAGAAAGGGCAAAGAAAUUACAAGAACAACGAGAAAAGGAAAUGGUUGAAAAGCAGAAACAACAAGAAAUGGCUGCAGCGGCUGCAGCCACUGGAGGUUCUGUUCUUAAUGUUGCGGCACUGUUGGCAUCAGGAACGCAGGUUACUCCUCAGAUAGCUAUGGCAGCUCAAAUGGCAGCUCUGCAAGCUAAAGCCUUGGCGGAGACCGGAAUAGCUGUACCCAGCUACUAUAACCCAGCAGCUGUGAAUCCAAUGAAAUUUGCUGAGCAAGAGAAAAAGAGGAAAAUGCUCUGGCAAGGCAAGAAAGAAGGCGACAAAUCUCAGUCUGCUGAAAUAUGGGAAAAAUUGAAUUUUGGAAACAAGGACCAAAAUGUCAAAUUUAGGAAGUUAAUGGGCAUUAAGAGUGAAGAUGAAGCUGGCUGUAGCUCUGUUGAUGAAGAAAGUUACAAGACGUUGAAGCAACAAGAAGAAGUUUUUCGAAAUCUUGAUGCUCAGUAUGAAAUGGCAAGAUCACAAACCCACACACAAAGAGGAAUGGGUUUGGGUUUCACAUCUUCAAUGCGUGGAAUGGAUACAGUUUGAAAAAUAUCAAUUUGGGACUUUAUAGACUUGUUCUGAUGUCGGGUCCUUGUUCACCAAAUAGCUAGUAUUCUAGCUUGCAUGGGUGUUGCAUUGACUUUAAUUUAUUGAAAAAUACGAUUUUUUUGUAAAUAUCAGAUCAGUGAUACUGGUGUUAGUGUUGUAAUCACGUUAAACCCACUUCCAUUAAACUUGACAGGACUAUAGAAGGACAAUAUUUUUUAGUUCAUGAAUUCUACUUUUCAAAUAUAUUAAAGCUUCGGGUGGGAUAAAAUCUCAUACAUAGAUUUUCUCGUGUCCGCUGUCUUGUGUACUUUUGUACUUAACCUUGUACAGUUAUUUUCAUCUCUUGAAACAUGAAAGAAAUGUUAUGUAGAUGUUCUUUAGAAGAUCUGGCCAUUUGGUACAUAAUCCUGCACACAAGCUGGGCAGUGAUAAUAAAAAUGGUUUUCUCAAAACUGGUGUUAAUUUAAAUUACCUGGUGUUCUUUUUUGAGUUUGUUUUGUGUAGCCUUGAUUUUAUAAUUAAAAACUCGUUAUAAAUGCCUUUUUAUAGCAGCUAUUAUAGGUUGUAGGCAGUACCACAGUGAGCAAAAAUGUAAAGGGGGGGAGUGAAGCAUAUUAAAAGAGUACUGUUUUUCUAUUAUAAGGCAGAAUUGCUGUGCAGUAUUUUGUUAAUUCAUGUUAAUCAGGAAAUAGACUAAAGUAUUCAAGGGAUGUGAGCACUUUUAUUCUAAUAAAGUGCCUUAUAACAAG